UCUUCAAUAUCUUUUCAAACUACUUUCUCCAGUCUCCAUGUCUGUUGACGGCGAGGCAAUGUACAUCGUUGAUGCACUUUUGCAGAAUGAGAGCAAAAUUUCGCCAAAAUUUCAUCUAUUAAACAGCAGUUAUGAGUUCUAGAAAAAAGAAAGCUCCUCUGGUCAUCCCCAGCACGGAAAAUAGCAAAAAGGUGUCCCCUUCAAACGCACAGCAGGGGCUUGGUGUAGACAUCACUAAGCUAAUGUCGCCCGCACAGAUAAAUGCAGUGAAAAAACACAUUUCUAGUGGAAAUGCUAAACAAAUCAUCAUCAUACCUAACGACUCACCUUUACCUGCCAACCAGCCAGGCACAAGCACAUCUCAAGUGCUUCUUUCAAUCCCGGAGGCGAAUGCCAGCCAGGGAAAUAUUGCUCAGGCAGACAUAUUGAUAUCCCUGCCAGAAACUCAGACCACAGUGGUUGGCAGCUCUCGGCAGAAAAGCAAACGUGGUCGACCAAACAAAUAUAUUGCUUUGGAUAAUGGAGAUAUUGUUCGGCAAUCCUUGCCACUUAAACAGGGAGAGCAGAAAACUUCUCUUAACAAAAGAAAAUCUGUUGAAGAGAGCAACACAAAAGAAGAAGAAGAAGAAGAAGUGGUAACACCAAAAAGAAGAUCGACACGGACCAGUGCCAACAAGAGCAAAAAAUACGAAGACUUCAGCGACGGGAAUGAUAACAGCGAAGAUGGAGGGGAUCCUUUGAAUACAAAUCUCACACUUAUCACAGCUGAAAAAAUUGAAAUUCCCGUUACUCCUCUGCCAAAACGUAAGAGGGGACGGCCCAAAGUAGUUGACAAUGAUUUUGAGGUUCCUGGGGAACAUAACCCCAAAUCAAGCAGGAAAUCUUCGCUAGCCGAGGAUGAAAACAAUGUGCCACUAUCAAAAAUUGACCUUAAUGAUGUGGUUGUUUGCGGUGCAUGCUGCACACAAAUGCCAAGGAAAACGUACCUUGUGCACAGACUGGCAACACACCAUGGUCUGACAUGGGUGGACGGAGAAGACGAGCCGAUCACGUUUUACAAUUCAGAUCAAAACUAUUUAAAUUAUUUGGGCUCGCUAAUAAGAGAAGCUUUUGUAAAAUACGGUAAAACAUCAUGCAAAAAGACAGUUCUGCCGUGCCAGAAGUGCAAAAAAGCUUGUGCUUCAUAUAUGGGUUACUUAUCUCACUUCACCUUUUGUGGAAUUACUAUUGAUGAGCAUGACAGAAGAAUGUAUCAGUGUCCAAUUUGCGAUAGAAAAGUGACCCCAGCAAGUCGCUACUACCACGACAACACUCACAAAGCAGCAUUAGACUACAUAGAGCCUCCCGAGUUUGUGGAUGUAGGUGUUUCAAAGCGAGCUGCUGCAGUCAAAGCUAGGUCAUUCAUGCAAAAUCUUGGUGAAGAAGCAGGGUCCUAUGAUGAACCUUCAAUUGAAUACACGGUCAUUGAAGUGGAAUCAAAGAAGGGUAUCGCAUGGAAGAGGAAAACUUGGGAAAAGGAUCUACUCACAAAUGGAGUUCUAAAGUGCCGGUACCUUGGCUGCGAUUUCUCUGUUUUUGAUGUUGGCAACUUUGAGAAGCAUAUUUGUGAGACCUGCCCGUUAAAAGCAAAGAUCUUUAUGUGCAGCGAAUGCGAUGUAAAAUAUUUGAGUGAAGCUGAAGUCAUGCAGCACUUUAAAAUUAGUCAUAAAGCUGAUAAAUUAAUAGAAUCCUAUGCCGAUAGAGAUGAAGCAGAUGAGUUAGAGCCAGAAAUCACAAAGGUCAGGUUAAUUAAGCCGAGAAUAAGGCAAGUUGCUCUUCCUGCCAACGACCAGGGUUUCAACAUCUACCAGGGUUCCCUAUUAAGCUGCUUGGCACAGCAGAGAUUGGUCAAAAACAAAGUGCCGUACAGAUCAGCAUUGGAUUGGAUGUUGGAGUUCUGCAUCUUAAAUUACAGUAUGGUAAUUUUGUUCCCUGAGCUUUUCGAGGAUCUCGAAUCGUCAAUACUAAGAGAUCCUGACUCCUAUUUGCCGCUUGCCAAGAACUCAAUUCUAUUCACAAAUUCCAAUUCAACAAAAUUGAAAGCAACCCAAGCAUUCUCAGAGAGUGCCAACUGGAAAUCCCUUGCUUGUCUUGAAGGAGUCAUAACUGAUAAUGUACCCACAAUUUUUGCUGGUGGACCUAUUUUGUCAUUAGCUUGGUGUCCAACGCCUCUGUCUUUGACCUGCAAAGAGCAGUUGCUUGCAAUUUCAUGCCACAGAAGCAUGGAUUCUAAACUGGGUUUCCAAGGAAUACUUCCACAGAAAAGUCUUAUCCAAAUUUGGUCAUUGGGUCAGUUGAGCAAUACCACACAAGCACCAGGAGCUCCAUCUCUUUUUUGUGUCCUGGGCCAUGAAUGGGGAGCUGUGAGACAGCUUGAGUGGUGUCCAUCUGGCUGUUGGGAUGCUGAGAAUGGAAAACUUGGGCUGCUGGCUGCAGCGUGCGCUGAUUCAACAAUCAGGAUCAUUCCUAUCAUCAACAAGAAAUCAAAAUUGCCCUACAUUAAAGCAAAGGCGUCCGUGACUCUAGUUCCUCACCUGAAUCAAGAAAGGCUGAACCAAUGUAUAAGCCUCAAUUGGUAUAAAGGAAAAGGCCACAAUUUUGUUGCCGGAGGCUAUGCAGAUGGCCUGGUUUGUUUCUGGAACUUAAAAACUGAGUCGCCGCUGCUGAAAAUAUCCCACACUGAAAUUCUUCCGUACUUAAAGUUCUUCGCACACCAAGGACCAGUGGUUUCAAUCAAAAUGUAUCCCCAUAAUGGUCCAAAAUUUGUUGCAACAGGUGGACUUGUGGACAAGAACUUCUUGUUGUGGAAUUUGGAAGAAAUAGGCACAAAUCCAAUCCCUCACAACCCUAAAAAAGGCAAAGUUACUGCCAUUGAAUGGCUUCUGAACUGGCCGACUCCAGUUGUUUCAUUUGAAGAUCAGGGCCAGGGAACCUUGGCUGUUCCUCCAAGAAAUUUCAUGGGCCAAUGCAACCUCCUGCCACAAAACUCAUCAACAAGUGACGUUGAAAAAUCCGAUUGGCUUAACUGCAUCGCUCACAGCACUGGUGCUGGAGAAGUUUCAUUAUUCCUCUGCAAUCAGAUGAUCUUUGGAAUGGACAGUGACAAGAACAUCAAAGAGCGGCGGGCCUUGCUGACAAGGACAGUCAUCUCUGAUUCAAUUGUGAAAAGAAGCGAAGAUGGAAAAUUGAAAUGGGAAGACCCCAGCGACUUGUUCAUCGGAAACUACGAGGAGGCGAGUGAACGGGGAGUUGUUUUUAGCGACCGCCUUUUAGAUGCAGAAAAAAAGUGGCCUGCAGGAAGUGAAUCUGCCCAAUCUGGAGAUACAAUGGAUCCCUGUUGCUCUGCCAAUUAUCCUCUUGCCAGUAUUAACAAAAUUGCGUGGAAUGCCAAUGUUUCUAGUUACGGAUGGAUUGCUGUCGGGUAUCAGUGUGGCUUGGUUCGUGUUUUGCACAUUGGAACUAGCGAAUCAGACAAAUUGUUACUAAGUAGUUCUUUGUCAGAUUGCAUGUGAAAAAUUAUUUUAAUCAGAAGUAAGCUCCCAUCCUAAUUUUUUUUUCAAAAUCGUAACUAAAGUUGAAAUUUUAAAUUUUUGUUUGACGAAUAAAAACUGAUAUAAACAAUAUAUUGCAACGAAUUUAAUCAACUUAUUAAUUAAAGCCAAAUUAAUAAAAAAAAAAAAUAUAAUUCAAAUAUUA